CUUUCUACUAAAGGCGGUUGGGCUCCCUCCGAAUGAUUUCUUUCGAAAGGCUACACGACUAUAUCUGAUUGAGAAGCGAAACAAGCCCAAGACAGUAAGAUGGCUUGAUUUUACCGACAAUAUCGAUCAUAAAAGACAUGUAUUUGACAUUUGACGAACACGAUACUCUGGGGAACAUCCCGCUUCAGCGACCAGGUUUUACUCAACAGGUCACAAGUGAAAAUCUGCCACAGAUAAUGCUCGACACUUUGCCUACACAGACUCCAACUUGGCGCCUUCAUACUCAUGUGGUUUACGUUGUCGACUUCAGGGUUCAGUCUCAAUGUGCACAAGGAGAUCCCCCCUACACCAGCCGAGCGAACAGAACCCGCGAUCACAUAGAAAGCGGCUUAUCCGUACAGACACACGCGAAAAGGAUGUGUGGUCACCUUUACAUGCCUCGAAAACACCCGAUUUACGAUCAUUACGUGCUUCAGAGUCAGAGACUCGACAACAUUAGACAGCACGAGUAUUUUGAGUCCGAUGCCGCCAUCGGUUUCAUAUUCAAGAAGAAUUACCAAAGCCACUUCCACCAGAUUCUUCGGGAGAUACAAUUACCGGAAGAGAAACCCUGGGGACCCAGCUCUUUAUCGACGCCAUGACAUCAACGACCAAUCUUUCCCUCCUGAAAAUUCGACGGACUAGGUGACGGCUGUGCUUAUAGCGAUGGGAACAAGGAACUUGUUGAUGGAAUAUGUGCCAAAUGACUGGUACAUAGAUGAAACAGGAGUAUUCCAGGAGCGUGGACGACACAAAACUAGUGUUCAAGAUACUAUUGUUUGCAAGACGUCAACUUUGGUUGGGAUCUUGUCGUGUGACUGAGAUACCAAGAGGCUAUAUCUCGGAGCCAUUUCCAUGCUAUAAUACCAAUGCAUUUAUAGAGACGAUGUCAUCGGGAG